AUGUCGUCUGACGAAGGUGCUCAUGAUCUACUGCCCGCCCAGAUUCGAAUGGCAACGUGGGAUGGCCAAUCAGGCAUCACCAAAGCUCAACCGGGAUCACUCGCCCUGACCAGCACCAACAUGGAUCUCCAGCCCGACAUCUCCUCCGUGCCUACGUUGGCAAACUCGACAGCUUCCUCCUGUACGGGCUCAUGGAGCUCUGGGAAUGCUGAUCGGGACGAGACUGAGAGUGACCUUCGGUGGGAGCAGGGUUCAGAUGAUGCUCUUACAGUCCCUAAGCUAGAGCCGACUGAAGAAGACUUCAGUCUUGAAACCCUCCAGUCCCCUCCUGCCGGUCCUCCAGCCUCGUCGGACCUAGCACCCGUGCCACAGGGAAAGCUCAAGCGGCCAAGAGGAAGACCUCGAAAACACCCAAUUACCCCUGUCAUUAAUGCAAAUAAAGUUACCAAAGGUCGUUCUAAGACUGGCUGCAUCACUUGCCGGAAACGAAAGAAGAAGUGUGAUGAAGCCAAGCCUCGGUGCAUGAACUGUGAAAAGAAUGCCGUGGUUUGUGAGGGAUAUCAUGAAAAACAAAUCUGGAAGAGCGGAAAGGAGAAGGCUGAAGAAGUAGAACGAUUGAGGCAGGAAGCCCUCCCUUUAAUUACCAUGCAGCCGCUCUUCCACUGUGUUGAGACUGUCGAGGACAAGAUAUUUUGGAAGCAUUACAUCAACCAUUUCAGCAACGUGCUAACAGUGGAAGGAGAGGCCAAGAAUGCCUUCAAGGAUAUUAUUCUUCACCUAGCAAAUCGCCACCAAGGACUAAUGCAUGCUAUCCUAUCUGUGAGCAGCAAGCAUAUUGACUUCGAUGCUCCAUAUGGUGCCAAAAUCAUCCAGGAGAACCCGACAACCAACCGGCGGGCUCUACAGAGCAGAUCAGACUAUCAUCACGACGAGGCCAUCAAGAGAUUUUACGAGGAUAUCGCCAAUGCCGUCAAUAAGGAAGAUCCAGAGUAUCUCACCGAGGAGUACCAGACCACCCUAUCCGCCAGAUAUGGCCAAAUCUUGUGCAGGUUGCUCCAGACCCUGACGGAAGGUAAUACAACUGGAGAACACAGACUCCAUCUCCAGGCCUACCAAACUUUGAUGAAGCACUCGCCGCCCCAGGAUACUGUGUUUUCUACGUUCAUCACCGAGUUCUUUCAGUACCACAUCUAUGCUGACGAUUUAAUGUGGCACCCGGACACGCAAACCGGUCGUCUUUCUUUGGUGGAUUGGCAGACACCAACAUCCAUUCAGACUCCUAGAUUACUCGGGGUGGCUGAUGGGCUGCUGCACCACCUGACAGAAAUCACAACACUAAGGAACACGAUUCGAGAUAAUAUAGCCAUCUCCAACGACCCACCGGUUGAUUACAUCAUGCUGUUUCGUGCUGCAGAAAUCAACACGGCAAUACAGGAAUGGGUGCCCGGCUGGCCGCCCGGAGAUAGCCGCAAUCGUGUAGGCCUGUUGUACAAGCAGAUGCUCUUCAUCUAUCUAUUUCGAACGAUAUAUCCUCCUUCAAUGCCUCUCCGACAAAGGCCCUCGAGCUUUUCUUCAAUGUCUUCACUUUGUUCAACGCCACAAAGACGACCCUCGAUGGCUGCGAGUAUCGUCUCUACUGCAUCAGCUCCUGUCCUUAGCUCGUUGCAUUCACAACCCGGCAAUGGGAUGCCACACAGCUGCCCCUCGUCCCGGAAUCCGUCCCGAAACAACUCAAUGCAUGAGGGUGACACAUCUUCAUCGAGCUCGAGUGGGUUGGAUUCAUCACUUACCCAAUCGCCUCCUCCUAAGCGUCGCCCCAGCGAUGAUCAUCGUCUCACGACUGCUGUUGAGGAGUCUCUGAACAUCCUUGAAACCUUCAGCUCUUCCGAGCCAGCCCAGACUCUGUUGCUCAUUCCUUGCAUGCUGGUGGGCAUUGCUUGUUUCGCCACUGAGCAACGCGAUCGCUUACGCAAGGCCUUGAAAGCCGUGAGAGGGUACACAGGUCUUCGUAACUGUGACCGGAUCGCAGAGCUCCUCGAAGCUGUGUGGGCCCUUAUGGAUGAAGGUGAAUGGGUAGCAGUCUGGGACUGGCAGAGCGUCGCUCAGCGAUUGGGAAUCGACAUCCUCUGCACCUGA